AUGAAUGAGAAUUUAAAUAAAGAGAAAAUUAAAAAAAAAAAAAAAAAAUACAAUGAUUAUGCUAUAGAUAAAAAAAAAUUAGAGUAUUUAAGUUUUGUUUGUGAAGAAGAAGACAUUAAUCUAUUCUGUAAUUUUAAUGAAAAGUGUCAAUCUAAUAAUGAACAAACAGAUAAUAAUAAUAAUUUGUAUGAUUUUACAGACAAUUUAAAAUUUAAUAGUUUCAAAUGUAAUGAUUUUGAAAACUCUUAUUUAACAGUUUUAGUUCAAAAUGAAAAUAUUGAAAACGACAAAAAAUCAUGUUUUUCCAUAUCAUAUAUAUAUAAACAUUUUUUGUAUUACUGUGAUUUUUUUUAUAAUGAUUAUAAAAAACAUCGUUCUACAAAUUUUAUAAAAAAUUUUGAAAAAGAUAUAUACUUUUUUAAUUUAAUAAAUGAAAAAAGAAAUCUUAUAAACAAAAAUAAAAGAACACUUAAUGAAAUAAACACAAAAGAAAAUGAAAAGCAGAAAAUUAAUAGAAAUCAUGAGAUAGCAAUAAAUUAUAAGGAAAAGUUCUAUUCAAAUAUAAAUAAUGAAAUUAGAAAUCAUAUAAAUGACGACUCUAACAUUAUAAUAUCUACUUAUAUAGCUUAUACAAAACUACAAAAUGAGUUAUUUGAGUUUUAUAUACCUAAAUUAAAUUAUAAUAAAAUUAUUUGCUUUGAUAAACAUUUAAAAAGUGGAAUAAAUAAUAUAUACGAUUGCAAUAUAUCUAAAGAUUAUAUAAAUGAGAACCAUAAUAUUAUGAAUAAUAGCAUUGUUGAAGUAUUACCAAAAAAAAAUAAUAAAAAAAUUGAAAAAUAUGACAAUAUAUGUAUUAAAAAAAAAGAUUCAAAGUUAAAAAAAGAAAAAAUCAAUUUAAAAAAAAAAAGAAAAAAAAAAAAUUCAUUUACCUAUUUUUCUAAUUUUUCAUAUCCUUUAUACAAUUAUACAUCUAGUGAAGAAAGUGUUAUGUCUUUUUCAAAAUUUUUACAUACAUCUAAAAACUCAAAAAAAAAAAAUAUAAAUGAAUUUAUAACAGGAGAGAAAGGAGAAAACGAUAGUAUGAUUAUUUUUAAUGAAAUUGUAAACCUUUGUAAGAAAAAUAAAAUAUUUACAUUUAAGAAAAACAUAAAGGAAAAUAAAAGUCUUAUCAUAGAGAAUUGUAAGAAAAAAUUAUUUAAUCAAAAAUUAGACAUUUUUGAGGAAAUUUAUCAUAACAAUAAAAAUAAAAUUUGUGAAAAAAUUUGUGAAAAAUUUUGUGAAAAAUCAAAUGACAGAAAUUUAUCAUGUUCUAGAAUUAAUACAAAUUAUCAUGAUUCAGAAUAUAUUUACAUGACACCUUCAAAUAAAUGUGAUAAAGAUAUAUUAUUAAGUUUCCAUAAAAAACAUAAUUUUAAUUUAUGUUCUAUAUAUAGAAAAAAUGAAAAUAAACAAAGUGAAGGAGAAAAUAAAAUAAUUAAAAGUUUCAUUAAUGAUAACUGUAUUGAGAAAAUCAGCAAUCAAGAAAUAAAACAUUUAGAAGAAAAUAAGGAUAUGAAAAAGGAAGUAAUAGAAGAAAAAGGAAUAAAAUUAAAAGAUAAAAAUAAUUAUAGUUUUUUAAAUUUUAUGAACUUAAAAAAAACAAGAGAAAACAACUUAUUAAAAAUACAAAUUUUAAAAGGUUUAAAUCAAACAAAUUAUGAUCCAUUAUACUUAGAAAACAUUGUAAAUAAUAAAAAUAACAUAAAUGAAGAGAAAUUAAAAAAAGAAAAAAAAAUCUGUGAUAUAAAACAUUUAUACAUGAAUAAAGAAUCUAAUGUUAUAAAUGAAAUUUUUCAAUUGUCUGUUUUAAAAAAUUUUUACGUUUUAAAAUAUAAAUUUUCUUCUUUAUAUAUAAAUGAAAAGUAUGAUAUAAUAAUUCAACUGUAUAAAAAUGAAUAUAUAUAUUUUGAUUUCUAUUUAACCAUUAUAUUUAUCAAAUCAUUAAUAAAAUUAAAAAAAUAUUAUGACUGCUUAAAAUAUAUUUUUGAAAUAAAUGGAAAAAAUUUACAGAUAUUUAAUAGAAGCAUUCUAUAUUAUUUUUGUGGUUUAUGUUAUGAUAAAAUGAAUAAAUUAAAGUUGAGCACAAAAGAAUAUUCAAAAGCAAUAGUUCAUCAACUGAAUAAUAACAAGAAUAAAAAAAUAUUUAAUAAAUUAGAAAAAGAAUGUAAAAAGAAUGAAAUAGAAAUUCUUCCAUUUAUUUUUAUUUGUUUAGAUAAGCUAAUAGGGAAUUAUCGUUUGAAAUCACAAGAAGAAGAAAUAUUAUUAAAAUAUGUAAGGAUUCAUUAUGAUUUAAACAAACACAUAUAUUUUUAUUUAUCUAAAAUAAAUAAUAAAAAAAAAUAUAAUAUAAAUGAAUUAUUGAACACAAAAAAUGAAAUCACUUUUAAUAAUAUAAAUGUUUCAAACAAUCACAAAAGUUUCAUUAAAAUGGAAGAUGUAAUACCACUUUAUUUUAUUACUAAUAAUAAUAUGAAUGUUCAAGAAAAAGAUAAAGAGUAUUUCAUUAAUAUUAAUACUAAGAAUAAUAAAAAUGAAAAAAAAAAAAAUAGUAAAAUAUAUGACAACACUUGUGAUGAUAAGAAAAGAAUAAUAGAUGUUGAAAAAAAUUCAUCUUUUUUUAAUUAUAAUAAAGAUAAGUUUUAUGUAGAGAAUCUUUAUAAAAGAGAAAACUUCUAUAAUCUUUUAUAUAAGAAUAAAGAAGAGUCCUUUUUAUUAAACGAAAAAAAUUCAAAAAGUAACUUAAAGAAAAAAAAUGAUUCCUCCUAUAAUAAAUAUAUUAAUAUUAAUAAUUUGUUAUCUGUUGUUAAUAAAAAAAGUGAUAUUGAUCAUAAAGAAUGCUUCUGUAGUGAAUAUUCUGUAGAUGACAAAAUAAAUAAUAAUAAUGAUAAAAAUAUUAAAAAAAAAAUUAUUUAUCUUUUUGAUAAAAUUAUUAAAAACGAAAGUAAAAAUUAUAAAUUAUUUAAUUGUGAUGACUUCUUUUUUUCUAUUUUGAAUAUAUUUUUUAAUUUACAUUGUAACAAAAUAUUUAAUAAAAUUGGAAAGUUUAUAAGAGCUAAUUUUGCAAAUCAAAAUGUUUUAAAUUCCGUGAGAAAAUUAGGCCUAAAUUUAAAAUUAAUUGAUAUACAUUUUGCAGAUGAUAGUAAUAAAGUAAAAAUAGAUGAACUGAUAAGCAAUAAAAUAUGUAUGAAAAAUAAAAUUGUUAAUAAAAAAUAUAAUACAUUAGAAAAAGACGAAAAAAAUAUGCUUUCAGAACAAAAAAACAAUACAAAGAUAUAUAUAGACAAAUUAAUUUCAAUAGAUUUUAUAUGCAUUAAUUUAUAUUGUUUUAAAAAUUAUGAUUACUUAAAUUCUUAUUAUAUAAGUAAAUAUAUUAUAAGAAUAAAAAAGGAGUAUGAUAAUAAAAAUGCCAUAAUUUUAUUUAUAUCGUCACUCGUAAAUCUGAAUGACACUUUUAAAAACAAAAAAAAUAAAAUUAGAGAAAUGUUACUAUUAUAUAAUGAAAGAGUAAGUAAAAUUAGAAACAAAAAUAAAACCUAUUACUUUAAUCCAGAUUUUUAUACAUAUAAAAAUGAUUUUUUAGAUUAUUAUAUAUUUGGAAUAAUUUCUUUUUUAAAAAACAAUUUAAAAAAAGCUUAUUUUUUUUUUAUAAAAAGCAUAAAUUUAAGAAAAGAAUUCUAUUUAUCAUAUAUAUUUUUAUUUCAAAUAUGUUUAAUUAAUAAUAUAUCUGAUAAAAAAUUAGUUUUUUAUCAAUGUUUAAAAUUAAAUCCAUAUAACAUCUUGCCUUACCUUAUAUAUUCAUCAAGACUUAUAAAAAUGUUUCAAAAUAAUAAAAUUAAUGUAAAUAAUUAUUCUAUAAAUUAUUUAAAAGAUAUUUUAAGUAAAGGGGUAGAUUUAGAUAAGGAAAACAUUUUUAUAUAUAAUGAAUUGUUUGUGUAUUAUUUUAUAAUAAAAGAUUUUUCUCAGUGUGAAAUAAUUAUAAAGAAAAUUUUUUUAACAUAUGAUAUUUUCUCUUCUAACAUUUCUCCUAUUUCCUCCAUUUUGUAUAAUGUAGCAAUGUAUUAUGUCUAUCAAAAAAAUUUACAUAAAGCAGAAAAAUAUUUAAUCAAAAUAUUAUACACAAACCCUUUUGAAAUAAAAUCUCUAUAUUUACUAACAUACAUUUUAUACAUGCAAAAAAACAAAUACUGGAUAUGUUUUUUCGAUUAUUCAAUAUAUUUAGAAAACAUUUUGCUCUCAAAAAAAAUUAUCUCUUGUAAAACUUUUUUUUGUGAAUAUUUUUUCAAAAAAUUGAAGGAGUUAAAAGAAUUAAGUCUUUUUAUAACCUACUAUAAAAUAAUGAAAAAAAUAAAAAAGUUUUAUUCUUUUUUAAAAAAUUAUAUUGACAAAAACUACUUUUCAUUUAUCGUAGAUAUUAACAAAGUUAAUAAUAUCUCAUAG